AGCAUUGUAAUUGCCAGUCAACUCUUGGCAAAGAAAGCCCAUCCAUCGGAGAAGUGGGACAAGUGAACAAGGAGUUGAUGCAGUACGUAGCCCCAUACGGAUAUCAUCAUCGGCCAUCAUCGCCACCGCAAAUCACACACACACACACACACGGAAAACAUGUGCUCGGCGAGUAGCUAGACGUACGUACGCGCUCGUGUGCGAGUCCGACAUGCACUGGCACUGGCACUGGCACUGGCACUGGCAGUGCCGGCAGUCACACAACAGCAACAGGGCCGGUGUAUACAAGCUACGUACUACAAGUACAAGCUAGCGCCGGCCGAUCGAUAAGCAUUCCCCGUCGCUCUCCGGUCGUCUACUACUUGUACCCGGCCGGGAGAUCGAAUCCAGCUCGUCCGUCCACCGCCACAUGCAGUUGGUUCUCGAUCGUUAAAAAGCCCCUGCACUGCUGCGCCCCUGCUGCAAUUUUGCUUGCCCAGGCUCCUCCUGCAACCGCAACAAACCAACCAACCCCUCUUGUUCCUGGCAGUGGCUCCAGCAGGGAGAGGAUCGGAGAGGCUCUGCAGCGAGAUUCCAGCAGCUCCAGACAGACUUGCAGUUCCAGGAACCUUGUGCUUCUUCUUCUCCUUGCAGUGCAGCUAGCGGUCGACGGAGAGCCGCUAGCGUCGGAUUCCGUGCUCGGUGGGGAUCGGACUGGGUGGGAUGCGCUGCUCUCACUCACUGACUGAGAGGCAGCCCGCCAUGAACCAGUACAUCUCUGAUUGGAGCGGCGCCAUGGGCGACACCUUCGCGCUGCCGUUGGGGUUGGGGUUGGUUCCGAUUCCGACCGACCAUUCCAUUCCAUUUCAUUUCCCAACAGAGUCCAUGGCUGACGCGGUGCGGCGUCGUGCUGCUGCUGCUGCUGCUGCUGUUGUUGUUGUUUGCAGCGGCGGCGGCGGCGGCGGCGAGGACGACGACGGGCUCAUCGAGCUCAUGUGGUGCAACGGCCACGUGGUCAUGCAGAGCCAGGCGGCGCCGCGGAGUAAUAAGCCGCCGAGGCCUGACAAGGCCGCGCCAGCGGCGGCGGCGGUGCAGGAGGACGACGACGCGGCGGCGCAGGCGUGGUUCCAGGAACAGUACCCGGUGGAGGAGGAGGACCCGCUCGAGAGGGACGACCUCUUCUCGGAGCUCUUCGGAGAGGCGCAGGCGGCCGUCGACGGCGCCAGGGGCGCGUGCAGCUGCAAGGAGGAGGCCGAGGAGGACGCGCGGCAGAGCAUCAGCGGGAUGAUGCCGCCGCCGCCGCCGAUGAGGCCGCGGGACGACAAGGCGUGCACGGGAGACGCCUCCCUGGACGCUGCCACGGCCACGGAGGGCGCCGAGUCGUCCAUGCUCACCAUCGGGUCCAGCUUCUGCGGGAGCAACCACGUGCAGACGACGACGGGGGGUGCCGGUACGGACGUCGUCGUCGUCGUCGCCAGGGCACGCGGCGCCGCGACGGACACCUCGUCGGCGACGCGGUCCAGGUCCUGCACCACCAGGAACGAGCAUCCCUGUCCUGGCGCUGCCGCUGCAGCAGCUGCUGCCCACCGGAGCGGCAAGCGGAAGCAGAGCGUCGACGCCACGGACGCCGAGGACGUGGAGUUCGAGUCCGCCGACGUCACGUGCGAGCCGGCGCAUAAGACGGCGACGGCCAAGCGCCGCCGCGCCGCCGAGGUCCAUAACCUCUCCGAGCGGAGAAGAAGGGACAGAAUCAACGAGAAGAUGAAGGCCCUGCAAGAGCUCAUACCUCACUGCAACAAAACGGACAAGGCGUCGAUGCUGGACGAGGCGAUCGAGUACCUCAAAUCGCUGCAGCUCCAGCUGCAGAUGAUGUGGAUGGGCGGCGGAAUGGCGGCAGCAGCGGCGCCGGUGGUGUUCCCGGCGGGGGUGCACCAGUACAUGCAGCGGAUGGUGGCCGCCGGGCCCGCCCCUCCACCCCACAUGGCUUCCAUGCCCGCGAUGCCAUUCAUGGCGCCGCCGCCGGCCGUGCAGGCCCCGCCGUUGCCCGACCUCUACGCGCGCUACCUCGCCGUCGACCACCACCUGCCGCCGCUGCCGCCCAUGGUAGCAUCACCAUACACGCAUUGCCUGCAGUCGGCGAUGGGCUUCUACCAGCGGCAGAACCCGGCGCUGCCGCCGCUACCGGCCGUGCCGGCGCCGGCGCCGUCGCCUUCCGACGGCAUCCUGCACAAAAAAUACGAGAAUUGUGGAAAGCCUGAGAUCCAGGGUAUCACCGGCUGAUAUGAUGGUGUUAGGUUGAUCUCAGGCCCAGCCCAACGGCUGAGGCCUUCUCCCUCUGGAUCGCGCCCUGAUCGGGGGCGCCCAACCGAUCUAUGGUUGGUGGGCCCCCGACGCGCUGCGCCACAUAUAAAUAGGAGUAGGGGGCUACAGGCACAGAUGACGAAGUUCGUCGUGCGCCGCCAAACCCUACUCACAACCCUAGGUCGCCGAUCGACAGUGCGCAGUGGCGUCGGGAAGCACCACCGCGCCGUCACCCUUCUACUCCUACUCCGCCGUCAUUGGUCAGUGCCGGUGGAGGCCUGAAGGACGACGGGAUCUACUCCGUCACCGCGUCAACGCCCUCAACAUGGACAGCACAGGAGCUACUCUCACCGGCAACGUCGAUGGUCGAACCCUAACCUCUCUCACUAUUCAGUUGUAUUAGAUCUAGUGUAUGUACAUAUAUGUGUCACUGUCUAUAUUGUUUUAUUGUAUCCCGAAUUCCUAUCCGUUCUAUUGCUAGUAGAUCCUGCUAGAGUUUUAACAAUGGUAUCAGCCGAUCUAGUAAUAGAUCGGGUUUUUUUU